AUGAUAGGAAGGGAAAAAGAUAAGGAAAAAAUGAUUGAGUCAUUGUUGAAUCCAACUGGUAGUCAAGGAAAUGUUUCUGUGAAUGCAAUUGUUGGUAUUGGGGGCUUAGGGAAGACUGCACUUGCCCAGUUGAUCCUUGAAUGUGGAACUAAUAAUGAGGUGCCUAAUUUAUUAGGAUUAGAAAAAUUGCAUAUUCGCCUUAAAGAGAAUUUAGAAGGGAAGAGGUAUUUGUUGGUGUUAGAUGAUGUAUGGAAUGAAGAUCAGAAAAAAUGGGAUGAUUUGAAAGCUUACUUGUUGAUGGGUGCCCCAGGGAGUAAAAUUUUAUUCACCACUCGUAGCACAAGAGUUGCAUUAGUCAUGGGUGUGGAUUCCCCAUAUGUUUUGCAAGGUCUAGCAGACAAUGAGGCUUGGGAUUUAUUUGACAAAUUAGCAUUUGGAGAGGGGCAUGGUGCAGUGAUGAAUCCCAACCUAAUAAAAAUUGGAAAAGAGAUGGUAAAGAAAUGUAAAGGAGUUCCACUUGCAAUAAGGAGUUUAGGAAGCCUCAUGCAUUUGAAAACUAAAGAGAGUAGUUUGCCUGAAGUCCUUGAAGAAACGCAUUGGGGUUUAAACAGUCCCUUGCCUAGUUUGAUGUACUUGAGCCUAUCCAACAAUCAUUUAAUUGGUAAUUUUCUAGAAUGGUUGAGUCAACUUAAUAAUCUUGUAGGAUUGUCUCUAGACUAUAACUUGUUUCAUGGCCUCGUCCCUGCUUCUUUAGGAAACUUACAAAACUUAACUGGUGUAAACCUUUCGGGGAACCAACUGAACGGGACUCUUCCUGAUAGUUUUGGUCAGCUUUCUCAGCUAUCUGCCUUGGAUGUUUCCCUUUAUAAUCUGAUAGGUUCAAUCUCUGAAGUGCAUUUCUCAAAGCUUAAUAAAUUGAAGUUCUUGGGAUUGAGCUCUAAUUCAUUCUUUUCCAAUGUAAGUUCCAAUUGGGUUCCUCCAUUCCAGGUCCAGGAUCUUGAAGUAGGUUCAUGUCAUCUGGGUCCUACUUUUCCAGCUUGGCUAAGAACACAAAAAGAAGUUACAUCGCUUGAUAUCUUCAAUGCCAGCAUCUCUGAUUCCAUACCAAACUGGUUCUGGGAUAUUUCCUCCAACCUGUCACUGUUAAAUGUUUCUUUUAAUCAGUUACAUGGCCAGCUAAAAAAUCCUUUGACUGUAGUUCCCUUUGCAGAUGUUGAUUUGAGCUCCAACUUUCUAGAAGGACCAACUCCCCUUUCCACUUUUGAGAUUGAGUUGCUAGAACUCUCCAACAAUCGUUUUUCAGGUCCUAUUCCAGAAAAACUUGCUCAAUCCAUGCCAAACUUGGUCUUCCUCUCUCUUUCAGGUAACCAAUUGACUGGAGAUAUCCCAGUCUCUAUAGGAGCUAUGGUGUCCCUUGUGGUCCUUAAUCUUUCAGGUAACAGCUUAUCAGGUAGCAUUCCUUCAAGCAUUGGGAAUUGCUCUUUCCUAAAUGCAAUGGAUCUUAGCUUCAAAAAUUUGUCCGGGCAGAUUCCAUUGUCUUUUAGUCGGUUAAAUCAGCUCAGGUCACUUCAUCUGAGCAAUAAUAAACUUACAGGAAGCCUUCCAUCAUCUUUUCAAAAUUUAUCAAACUUGGAGACUUUGGAUCUUGGUAACAACAGAUUAUCGUGUGAAAUUCCACCAUGGAUUGGAAGUGGUUUUGCAGACCUUAGAAUUUUGAGCUUAAGGUCAAAUGCAUUUUUUGGUGAAAUUCCUUCCACUCUGUCAAAUUUAAGCUCACUGCAGGUCCUUGACCUUGCUAAAAACAAUUUGGCUGGAAGCAUUCCAGUCACUUUUGGAGAUUUUAAAGCCAUGUCUCUAGAACAGUACAUAAAUGAAUAUCUACCUUAUGGGAAAUACAGAGGCGUUUACUAUGAAGAAAGCUUGAUUGUGAAUAUAAAUGGUGGGGCUCAGAAGUAUACAAAAACUCUUUCCUUGGUCACUAAUAUAGACCUUGCCAGCAACAACUUACAUGGAGAGUUUCCUAAAGAAAUCACAAAAUUGGUGGGCUUAGUGGCUUUGAACUUGUCAAAGAACCAAGUCAUCGGUCAGAUUCCUGGAAGCAUUUCAAACUUGCGGCAAAUUUCUUCUCUUGAUCUUUCGCACAAUAGGCUCUCAGGUGCAAUUCCUUCCAGCAUGUCUACAUUAUCAUUUUUAGGUUACUUGAAUUUGUCCGACAAUAACUUCUCAAGCAUGAUCCCUUAUAUGGGGCAUGUGACAACUUUUGAUGCAUCAUCUUUUGAUAGGAACUCUGGUCUUCGUGGAGCUCCACUAGUCCUCAAAUGCCCUAGUAAUGAUUCAGAUGGAGGAGGAGGUUCCAUUAUAGAAGACAGUAGUGAUGGUUUCAGUGACAUGUGGUUUUACUUGAGCAUUGGCUUGGGAUUUGCAGUAGGUAUUUUAGUUCAUUUUCUGAUUUUUUCUAUCAGAAAACCUUGGAGCCAUGCCUACUUCUUGCUUGUGGACAAAACUGUUGAUAGACUACUAUAUUUGGCCUGCAAAGCGCUACUGCUUCGUGAAUCGUUGCAAUUUCCAAGCCUAAUUUCAUUAAGUGCUUUAGUGCAAAUCCGGUGGAAGUGA